CUGGGACCCGGAUGGCCGUUUAGUCGGUGCUUAGACGCCGAGGCUGCCACAUCGGGCCUUGGACAAAUUACAAAGCCGGGAGAGGGGGUUAGCGUAAUCUGCCUCCAUCCUCCGCCUCGGACUCCCUUCCGCCCCCGGGAAGCUCGUAUCCGGAAAGAGCGGCCCGAGCCCGAUCCGACGAGUCUCCCCCUUCCUCAUCCAACAUAGGCACGUUUCGCAGGGAGCCAGGAGGAACCAUCGUACUCAAUGACCUUACAGCGCAAUGUCAGAUCGUUUGGGGCAAACAGCAAAGGGGAAGGAUGGAAAAAAGUAUUCGUCGCUCAACCUGUUUGAUACGUACAAGGGCAAGUCCUUAGAGAUCCAGAAACCCACAGUAACCCCCCGCCAUGGCUUGCAGAGUCUCGGUAAGGUUGCCAUUGCCCGACGCAUGCCACCCCCUGCAAAUCUGCCAAGCUUAAAAGCAGAGAACAAAGGCAAUGACCCCAACGUCUCACUAGUGCCGAAAGACGGGACAGGAUGGGCAAGCAAGCAGGAACAGCCAGACCCAAAGAGUACCGAUGCCUCGACAGCUCAGCCGCCGGAAUCGCAGUCACCGCCGGCUUCACAGACGUCUGCCUCAAACCAGCCGAAACGACCCCCAACAGCCCCCGAGAAUCCCCCUACGGUAGCAAGCGGGGUAAAGUCCUGGGCACAGGCCAGCGUUACCCAUGGAGCACAAGGAGAUGGUGGAAAGGGAUCAAGCCUACUGUCGCGAUUCUCUCGCGAGGAAUUUCCGACCCUGCAGGCGGCUGGCGACCAGGACAAAGCUGGCAAAGAAAAGGACACUACCGAUGCGUCGUAUGGGCCCGGACCAAACCUCCGCCCCCAAAACGCAACCAGUUGGCGGGAUGGAGGUGGGCGGGGCACUGACGGGGAGCUGGUGCCAGAGGAUGGACGAGCUGGUGUCAGCAUGCAGCCCAGCGUCCCGCCUCAAUUCCCUCCCUACCGGGGGAUGAUGCCGCCAUUUAUGUAUCCCCCAUAUCUCCCGUUCCCGCCUCCAUAUGGGCCACAGGGACCUUACCGCUACCCCACAGCAGAGGCACAGAGGUUCCAGCGGCUCUCAGGGCCUCGCCCCUCCCAACCUCCAUUGCGCACGUCAGAGCCCGUAAGCCGGCCACCCGUCCUCAAGCAGGAUGACCUAAAAGAAUUUGAUGAAUUGGACCAGGAAAAUGAUGAGGGCUGGGCAGGAGCCCACGAAGAAGUGGACUACACUGAGAAGCUAAAAUUCAGUGAUGAAGAAGACGGGAAAGAGUCUGAUGAAGAAACUACUGAAAGCCGUAAUGACGAAGCUUCUGGUCCUGAAAACCAGUCAUCAGGCGCAGAGACAAAGAAGGCUGGAACUCCAAAAGAGGAUCAAUCUCUUGUGAAAACAGCCUGGGCUGAAAACGCACGUCCCUCAGAGGGCGCCAAAGACCUGCCACCGCCUACCCCUGCCGUCCGGCCUCCACCGCCCCCACCACCUCCACCGCCCAACCGGGGCAACUGGGGCCAGCCCAACGAUUUCCCGGACCGCCCACUGCGGCCACUUCCUCCCGAGGACGAGGAUGAAGCUUGGCGCCAGCGCCGAAAGCAGUCAUCGUCCGAGAUCUCUGCUGCGGUGGAGCGUGCCCGACGUCGGCGGGAGGAGGAGGAGCGGCGCAUGCAGGAGGAACGGCGAGCUGCCUGCGCCGAGAAGCUCAAGCGACUGGAUGAGAAAUUUGGCGCCCCUGACAAGCGCCUUAAGCCAGAACCUGCCAAGGAGCCUCCUGCUCCUCCUCCGCCUCCCACCCCGGUGCCCCCCAACCCGUUGGCUGCCCCGGGCUCCCCGGAAGAAAAAAAAGAGGAGCCGGUUUUAGCCAGCAAACCUCGCAACGCUGCUGCCUGUGGCAGUGGCAGCAGCAGCAGCAGCAAUGGGAGCAACUUGGACUCAACUGUGCUUGCUGAACCACCUCUGGCUCCUCCCCCUCCUCCCAAGGAAGUUCCCGAAGUAAGGGAAGAGCAACCAGCCUUAUCUGGACCUGUCCUUCCAGCAGCUCCCAUCUCUGCCAAGGUGGAGUCCAAGGGAGAGACAGUUCUUCCAGCUCGCCAGCCAAUUCCAGCUCAGACUCUUGGCUACUCAAAAUACCAGAAGUCGUUACCGCCUCGAUUCCAGCGGCAACAGCAGGAGCAGUUGCUAAAACAGCAGCAGCAAUGGCAGCAGCAACAGCAGCAACAAAGCCAGGUCCAGCCUCCGUUGUCUUCCUCUACCCAGCAGCAGGCAACAGGUGUUCCUCUGGCUCCUAUGGGCCCGUCGGGCAACGUUCAUCCUCAGGCAGGGCCACCCGGACAGCAGCAGCCCUCGGCACCCCCUCCGGCACAGCAGGCUCCACCCAAAGGCAUGUACCCAGGCUCCAUUGGGCGGCCACCGCCAAUGCCCCAAAUAAACUUUGACCCUCGCUGGAUGAUGAUCCCGCCUUACAUGGACCCACGCAUGAUGCAGGGCCGGCCUCCUAUGGAUUUUUAUCCUCCUGGUGUACACCCCUCUGGUCUUCUGCCCCGUGAGCGAUCAGACAGUGGGGGCUCAAACUCAGAGCAGUUUGACCGCCAUCCUCCCAUCCUUCGAGAGCGUGGCACCCCGCCUGUUGAUCCCAAGCUCGCCUGGGCUGGAGAUGUCUUCCCCAGUGCCCCCUCUAGUGUUGACUCACGGCCUCCGGCAGCAUCUCUUCGGCAGCAGGAUGAAGAGGAGAAAGGCUUAAGCAGUGAGACGCCUCCUGUUCGCCUACGUGAUGCUGUCACCCCUCAACCAUACCUGGGGAACUACCAGGGUUUCUCAGAAAAUGGCAAUCCUGCACCGUUGCACCGCUUCCCAAUGGAUGAGCCACCACGGCCAGGAGGACCCUGGCAAGCUAGCCUGCCUCUGGCAGCCCCGGCAGAAGUAAACAGAAAUGGACGACCUGAGCCCCAAACCCAGCCAUCUCGCAAAAGUGAAGAGGAACCACAGUUGCUCCAUCGCGAUCUCCCAGAAGAGAUCAAAUCAGUGGAGCCUCUAGGCAUUCGUCCAGUAGUAGCUAAAAAGCCUCCCUCUGAACAGCCAAAAGAGGAGCCGCUGAUCAAAGAGGAUCUACUACGGCGGGUGGAGAAGCCACCCCGGCAGCAGCAUGAAUUCCAUAAGCAGCCACGGCGCGAGUCCAAAACAGAGACACGUUGGGGUCCCCGUCCUGGCAGCAGCAGGAGAAUUGAAGAAAUUUCUGGAGACAAGGCUCCGCGCCGAGCUGGACCCAUUAAGAAACCACCUCCCCCUAAGGAGAUAAAAGAUGAAGGCGAGGACAUGCGUGCUGGAGGAAAGGCCAAGGAAGGUGGAGAGGCAGUGAGUAGUAAGCCAGACCCAUCAAAAGAAUCUCCAAAACCCGGCAAGGAGAAUAAAGCCAAGCCAGUGGUCAAUGGUGGAACAGUGAUGCCACCCAAAGAACAGCAGCAGCAGCAGCAGCAGCAGCAGGGCACACUGUCACCAAACCGCCGGCGGCGAGAAGGCCCUUAUGAGCGUGGUGGCUACGCUGGCCGUGGCCGGGCAAGGGGGCGAGGAGAGUAUUUUGCCCGAGGGCGAGGUUUCCGAGGUGCUUACAGCGGCCGUGGCCGAGGUGGCCGGGGAAGAAGCCGAGAGUUCCGUAGCUACCGCGAGCCCUUCUAUCGACUGGAUGACGGGGUUGGUAAAUCUGCAGGGCCUGGCUCCAAUUUCCGCCCUCGCAACACCAGCGAGACACGGAGUGAAGGCUCGGAGUAUGAAGAGAUCCCAAAACGACGACGUCAACGGGGGUCUGAGACAGGGAGUGAGACCCAUGAGAGUGCCAGCGAUGUGGCCCAUUCAGACAAGGAGAUGACCAAAGAACCAGCCCCUAGCCAGCGCAACCGAGGUGCCCCAAUGACUUCUACAGCAGCACCCUCUUCCCAGCACCCUGGCUUGCCUCGAUUUGCUGACAAGAUGCCCCCACGCCUCUCAGAUCCAGGAACCCGUAGCGGGCGUGUGUUCACUCCCCGGGGUGUACCCUCUCGUCGUGGCCGAGGAGGGGGCCGGGCGCCCCCUGGUGGAUGGAGCCCUCCAUCCAAGCCCCAGCCCAACAAGAAACCUGAAAAGCAACAAGAAGUAGUUCUGGAAUCUUCAGUGAAAGAAAAGGCACCAUCGGGACCUCCAGCGGUAGCCCCAGAAGAUACUGGUGGUUUUCAAGGCCCCCCAAAACAACCUCCCCUUGGCCCCAGCUCCGAUCGUGGCUUUGACCGACCACCUCGGCGACGGCGCCACGGCCGUUCUCAGCAACAGGACAAGCCACCUCGAUUCCGGAGGCUGAAACAGGAGCGCGAGAAUGCCGCCCGACUCAAUGGUGAACAGAGGGCAGGUCAGCCUUUCUCCCCAGCACCUUCUGUUCCCCUCCCAGAGGAAUCGACUGCCCGAAGAGCGGCUGGCACAAAGUCUCCGGACUUAUCCAACCAGAACUCUGACCAGGCAAAUGAGGAAUGGGAGACUGCUUCGGAGAGCAGUGACUUCACAGAGCGCCGUGGUUGUGGGGAAAAAGAGCCGGCACCUGGCGGACCUCCCCCCACUGCCUUCCUGAAAGGCAGCUGUUCUGGCGUGCCCUCUGUUGGGGGGCGUCCCUCUAGCAAUGAGCUCAGUUUAGCCCAGAGGAAGGAAAUGUCCAAACGCAGCUUCUCCAGCCAACGACCUGGCAUGGACCGACAGAACCGGCGCUCCAACCCUGGCUCCGGGGGAGGAGGCAAAGCCAGCCGUGGAGGGAGUGGCAGCGGUCGCAGUGGAGGGGAUAAAAGAAGCUGGCCCUCGCCCAAGAAUCGCAGCCGGAACACCGACGAUCACUCUCCAGGCCUGAGCCUACCUCCUGCUCCUACUACCAGUACAGUGUAUCGCUUGGAUCGCGUCAUUCACAGUGACCCAGCUGGCAUCCAGCAGGCUCUAGCUGAACUGGGCAGCCGCCACACAAAACCCGCCUCCCCUGGCCCGGCUCAGCCGUCCUUCCUGGGGCCUGGAAGUGGGAGUGCUUCUGGGCUCCCGUUGGGGUGCUUUGAGAAUAGGAGUGGCAGUAGUACAGAUUCCUGCUUCCUGGACAAGAACCAGCUUCUCCGUUCCAGCAGUGCUCCUCUGAAGGAAUCUGGCACAGUAAGUGGCUUUGGUACAAAACGCCGAGAACGGCCUCGCAAGCAAGAUCUGCUACAGCAGGAGCCUCUGAGCUUUCCCAGUGGCCCAGGUUUUGCACCCUCCAAAGAAGAGACUCCAGGGGAGCCUCUCAGCAGGAGUGUCCCAGUGUCAGAAGGGCUAGCCCCGCAGAUCUGGAACCAUCUGAAUUCUAACUCCUCCCGCAAAAGCUACCGUCCUGCCUCCGUAGAACCAUGGAUUGACCCACUGAAUGCAUUUGAAGAGGUUGCAAGUACAGAGAUGAGCCUGUCUGACAGUGGUGUGGACCUCAGUAGCGACUCUCAGGUCUCCUCGGCCACCUGUAGUCAACGCAGCUCUCCUGAUGGGGGUCUGAAAGCCACACCAGAUGCUGCCACCAAACGGGGUGGAGCCAUUGGCAAAAGUAAGGAUGACACCAUGGCCACUGAUCCAGAAGGAACAGACACUAAAGAACAAAGGAGGAGGCCACCACCAACUAGAGACUCCGGUUUACUCAAGGACAAGAAGGUGAGCAGCUCCCCCGAGCCGCUGUCCCGGGACCACCCUCCCCCUGGCGCUAUUGGCACAGAGCGUUCCCAGCGGGCAGAGAAGGCGAAGGAGAGCACGGAGGGCCUGGGGGUUCUGAAGUCUGAACAGAGCCCCCAACUCGAGUCCCCGGGGACCUGCCCGCCCAUCCAGUUUGGGGCCAGUGAUAAGGACGCUGACCUUCGUUUCAUUGUGAAUGAAGGCCCAAAACCAGACGAAGAGCUGCACCAGGCACUCACCGAAGGGCUGGCCUCGGCCCCCAGAGAGUGGGAACUGCUUCCCCCAGCACCUCCCAGCCACCGAGCUUCCCCCGAGAUGCCUCCCGGUCGCUCCUACGAGCCCCGAUCCUUCCCGGGAGCCCCAGCUGCGGCCGCCUCUUCCUGCUUGCACAGCUUCCCAGCAGACGCUGCCGUGUUCUCAGGUGAGAGGGGCCAGGGGCCACGACUGUACCCGGAGCUGUUUUAUGGGAACCAGGUCCCCAGCGCCCAACUCGAGUCCCAGCUCCACAGCGCAAGUGGUGGCAGCAGCUACCGUCCAAGCACCCCAUCUGUGCACUCGUACAGGUCCCAGCACCUGUACCUCCAGCCCAGCCCAGCCCCCACUUCUCCAGCUCAGACGGCAGCGGGCGCGGUGCUGCCGAGUUCAGCCUUGCUCUCAGGAGUGGCCUUGAAGGGGCAGUAUGUGGAAAUAGCAGCCCUGCAGGCGGCCGACCUGCCCAAACUUCCAGCCACGGGCUUGCUGUACCAGGCGCCCCCUCCUUCCUUCAUCUACAGCUCAGCCUUCUGUGGAAGCCAGCUGGCUCCUGAACAGGCCCUGCUUCAGGUGCGCCAGGAACUCGCAUCCCCUUCCGAGUUCUACCCAGCCACGCUGGGGCAAGGCAGCCAGAGCAAUUUCCUGACGGCCACAGGACCUGCCCAACAGGUGCUCCUGCCAGUGGUGGAGACACCCCAGUUACCACCAGUGGUGAACUUUGGCUCUUUGCAACAAGCACCCCCCGCUGCCCCUGCGCCACCGCCGCCACCCCCACCUCCCCCAAUGCCUCUGGUUCCUGUGGCUGCCCGGGCUCUCCGGCCCCCGGGGCGGCUGGCGGGGCGACUCAUGUCCCCAGCCAUCCGAGCCUUUCCUCAUGGCGGAGUGGGACGUAAUGAGCUUCAUGCUCUGGAAAUGAAACCGCUGCCAGAUUACCGGAAACUCAAUGGUCUAGGGUCUGUGGGUGCCCGACCCCCUUCUGGGAGCAGACCUUUCUCUGGAGGCUUCAGUGCCAGGCUCAAAUCUCCUGGGUCUGGCUACAGUGGCCUCUUUCGUGCCCAGCGCUUUGAGUUCUACCAGCAGUCAGAUGUCCUUAGGUGGAACCCCCGCUCCUGGGAACGGGCAGCUCAACCACGGGAUGGAGCUCCAGCCCGCCGCCUUGAGCCAGACACCCGUUCCCACACUGACAAGCAAGACCCCAAUCUCACUGGCCACCACUAGCCCAGAAUACUCCUCCCUCCCCUUUGGAUUUGGUUGACAUCCUCUCCUCAGAAUGAUUUUGGGGGGGCUCUUUGCUGGGGCUCAUUCCUCCUCUCGGUUGAUGUAUCCUAAAGACGGGGUGUCUCCUUAACUCCUUUUCUGUUUAUGUGGGGAGGGGGUACACUGAAUUUGUCCCCUCUGUUAGGGGUAUUAGACUCUUAGUGGGAUACUCAGAGUGUAAUUUGGGGGGGCAAGGAUCAGGAUUUUGGGAGGCUCCCAGCUGAAUGUAUUUUUGCUUAUUUCCUUUGGUUUCACCUGAGUUUAUUUUUCUGGGAGGGGCUGUGUUGCCUCUUUUGAUCUGAGGGGGGAGCUGCUCUAAAGUGUGGAGUGUAAAUAUAUAUAAAUAUGAACAUGUGAGGUCUUGCCUCUUCCCUCUUCUAUUUAUGGGAGUAGGGGGAGGCGUGCCUGGGAGCCUGCCUCCUCUCCUAUCUGCUCCCCUGAGUUUGAAAUAGGAAGCGUUGAGUUUUUAAAAGGUGGUCAAGCUGGUUUGUUUAAUAAAUAAAACCAAAAAAGUUGUUUAAAAAAAACAAUAAAAUAAAAAGAUCAAGCUGU